AUGGAGCUGAACGACGUUGCCAACGACACUGUCCAUCCCGAAGUUCGGGCUCACAUCAACAGCUUGGUGUCUGCUCUCGGCGGCAACAGUGCAGACGACGAUGGACAGUACAAGCUGGGAGACGACGCCCUGGAAGUCCUGCGUGACAUAAAGAAAUGGAUCCGAUUCUACGACGAGAAGACCAACCGUAUGGAUGUUGCCCGGUGUCUAGCGGAAGCCAACCUCAUCGGCGGCGAUCUGCUUCAGAUCAUCGCGCUCUGGCCCGAGAAUGCUACCGAAAACAGGCUCAAGGCGAGGCUGGCCUUGGCCUGCUACGAGAUUAUGGCUCCCCUGACCUGGCCCAUCGAGAAAGACCCGGAGAAGAUGACUAUCAACCACCACAGACACCUACCGGUUCUCCAGCUCGCGCAGCUGGGCUACAAACGAGACAUCAUCAACUAUGACGGGGCGCAGAUCUUGCACACCGCCGUCCGGGUCGCUCUACCGUCCAUGGCCAUGCCGAUCGGCGACCGGAGUGCGAGAGACCAGGGCAUCAUCCGCCUCGUGCUGUUCUUUCUCAGGAACAUGGCGAUGGUCGCGCCACCCCCCGGAGUCAAGUACGACGGCGACGAGUCCCAGAUAUCGCGCUCCGCCACGAUAGAUGCCUUCUCUUACCAAGACAUCCUCCUGACGCUGUUGACCAUCGCAUCCAACAUGGGCGACGACUUCCGGUCCGAGGAUGUAAUCGUCAUGGAGAUCAUCUUCCAUCUCGUCAAGCGAGUCGAGGUCGACAAAAUGUUUCUCAACGAGCAACAACUCAACAAAGCGAAGGCACACGAGCUGACCGCGGUCAUGAAUAAGGAAGCCGCCAUGCUUCGGGCCUAUAAUCGCAAGGCGCCGACCCGACACAAUCGAUUCGGUACCAUGGUCUGGGUGAAGAGAGAUGACGGCAAGAUGAAGUCGCUGUCUGGGCAAGACGCGCUUGCUGACGCUGCCUCUCGCGAAUUGAAAAUGGAUAACUCCAAAACCUUCCGACCGCCGCGCAGGGCCAGGAGGGACGAUAUGGAGCCCAAGGACCUGGGCCCGCCAGUCUCUCUGAACCCGAGAGCGAACGACCAACUUCGUGGGUUCGUCGAAGAGUUCCUCGACUCUGGCUUCAACCCGCUCUUCCAGCAGGUGCGCAAGUCUCUCGACCGGGAAGCACCACACGUGCUCCACUACCACAGAGCACAGUUCUUCUACCUCGUAGCAUGGUUCUUGGAGGCGGAGCGAGCUCGGAGGAAGAGCAAGAAGGGCUCAAACCCUUCCAAGCAGGACGAUGUUAAUAGCUUCAACCUUGUUGCAGGUGUCCUCAACCAAGAGAUGUUUAUCAGCUUGAACCGAGCCAUUGACCGGUCUUACAACGAGAAGGACUGGCAGGAGCUGACAACGGUCAUGCGCUGCUUUACCCAGAUUCUCCUGACCGUGCAAGAGAUGUCGGAAUCGAGCAACGAAGACGACCAGGACAUUGCCGAGAAUAUUCUCAACCGACUGUUCUACGAGGAGUCGACGCAUGAUGCUGUGGCCAACAUUGUGAGGACAUACAAAGACCAGGGGUUUGAGUAUCUCGACGCGUGCACCGAGCUCACCCACACAUAUCUCCGCAUCCUCGAGGCCUACUCUAAACAGAAUGCCGACCUCCAGGUCCGUACGAGGCGGCGAACACGGAAGAAGAAGAAGGCUGCCAAGGCCGCCGCCGGCGAGAAAGAGGAAGGCGACCAAGAGGAUGCAGACGAUGACUCUGCCAAUGACGAGGCAGACGCACAGCGCACAACGAGCGAGCGCAAAUUCGAUUUCAAGCGGUUUGCCAACCGCUUCGUACCGCAGGGCGUGGUAGACACCUUUGUUAAGUUCACUAGGUUCUACAAGGACCUCAACGACUCGCAGCUGAAGAGAGCACACCGGUAUUUCUACCGGGUAGCCUUCAAGCAAGACAUGAGCGUCAUGCUCUUCAGGGUAGACAUCAUCCACCUCCUAUACAACAUGAUCAAGGGGCCGGAGCCUCUUGACAAAAGCUCUGGUGUGUACAAGGACUGGGAGGAGUUGGUGAAGCAGAUCAUCAGGAAGUGCGUGCGAAAGAUCGAGGAGCGGCCGGCCCUGAUUAUCGAGCUGCUCUUCUCCAAGAUCAACAGCACUGCCCAUUAUCUGGAAUAUGGCUUCGAGAAGCAGACCAUCAAAACCAACCCAAAGCCCGGAGCGGAGCUCGUAUUUCGGCAUAUCCUGGAGAGAGAUCGACAGAUUGCGGUGGCUGUUGGUGUGUUGCUUGACAAGGGCCAGAAUGAUCACAUAGACUGGGUCAAGGAGCAGCUCGCUGCAGCCGAGAGUGAACGGCGCGGAUUUGAGGAGCGCGAGAAGGAGCGCGAGAAUGCAUUGCCCUCGGUGGAGGGAAGCGAGGCGCCGGCAGAGGGAGACGUAUCGGCCCCCCCACAGGUCAAGGAGGUGCCCGUAAUAACUAUUCGUUCCGGCGAAACCGCUGACGACGCUCGCCGUACUGCGAUCUUCAAGAACUCGCAUCUGCGUCUGCUCAUGAAGCUCGUAGGCUUUGAGCGGUUCUCCACUGUCGUGGACGAGGACCCCUAUGACCUCUGGUGUGUCCCCGGCAGUGUCACCGCCGACGAACUCAAGGAGUCCCUCGAUCUCAUCAACAAGGCCGAGUUCGACCCCCCGACCUUUGACAACGACGAGUCGGCCGAGGAUCAGCUGCGCCGCAAGUCCGCCGUCCGCAAGAAGGCCGCCUUUGACGACGACAACGACGGCGAGGAACUCGAUGACGACGACGACCUGCACUUCCCCGUCGGGCCGGCCAUGAGCAAGGUCGCCGACGGCUUCAUCGACGACGGCGGCAAGCCCGCCAAGAAGCGCAGGCGCAGGAGGAAGGGCAGCGAGGACGGCGCGGAGGAGGAGCUGACGGAGGAGCAGCUCGACGAGCGGGCGCGCCGGCGCCGGGACAAGGAGCGCGAGAAGGCGCUCAAGAUCAAGAGCCAGGUCUACGUCAACCCGAGCGACGACGAGACGGACGACGAGCGCGACCGCGAGUUCUUCCGGCGCGAGGAGGCCCUGCGGCGCAAGAACGUCAAGACGAUCCUGGGCGAGCUCGACGACGCGGAGCUCAACUCGCAGCCGUCGCUGUUGCUGUCGCAGCAGCAGCAGCCGAAGAAGAAGAGGAAGUCUACCGUGCUUCUGGACGAUAGCGAUGACGAAGAAGAAGACGUGGAGAAUGCCUCGGAUGGCGCCGGUAGCGACUCUUCCCGGGCGAGGAGGAAGAAGCGCAAGUCGAGAGCUGCUGCUGCUGCGUCUGCCGCCGACAGCAGUGACGAAGAAGGGGGCGCGGAUGCCCUGUCCAGUUCUGCCAGGCCGGCGGCAAGGAGACUGCAGCAGAAGCAGCGGGGUCCCUUUGUUGACAGCAGCGAUGAAGGAGACGAGGACGACGACGACGUGGCUGCUGUCUCGAGCCAGCUCAGUGCCGCGAAGCGUCGGACCGGUGGUGGUGGUGCUUCGGACGAUGGCGGGGAUGCCGAGGACACGCCCAUGUCGUCGAGCCCGCAUGAUGAUAGCAGAGGCGCCCCCAGCAAGACCGCCGAUACCUCCUCCCUUUCAAAGGGCGCUGGGGCUGCCGCCGACGUCGACGUUGACAUGGAUGACGAUGAGGACGAUGUGAUUGCCACGGCGCCCGCGAGGAGACGGGUGAAGAGCGGUUUUGUGCUUGACAGCAGCGACGAAGAGUAG